UUUUAUUAUGCAGAACACGUACCUUUAAUUUUUAAAGGGCCCCUUUGGGGUCCCGCUGGGGAAAAAAGAACUAAAAACUGUAGUCCCGUUGCAUGGGGGAUGAUGCCGGGCGAUCUUGGGAAACCCCGGGACACUACACUCCCUUUGGGGAUCACGGGGCCAAAAACCCCCGUUUUGGGCCACAGGUGGCGGUGGAGGCAGCAGCAAUGGAAGGCCAUACAGCACCCUAUUACAAAAUGGAACCCACCAACAGUGUAAGGAGACCUGAAAGUGGCACAUGGCAGAGUCUGGCGAUGAAGUCAGCAGCAAUGGGAGGCCGUACAGGGACCCAUGACACACUCUGGACCUGGCAGCAGCAAGAGGAGGCGGUACAGGGGCCCAUGGCAGAGUGGCGAAGCGUAAGCAGCUUAAAUUGAAGGCCAUACAGAGGCCUAUGUUAAAAAUAAUAACAUGUUUGGGGCAUGA